AUGAAUGCUAAAUUUGAUGCUCCAUGCAGAUUUUAUGUACAAGGAAAUUGUAGAGAAGGAGAUCAAUGUAAAUAUUCUCAUGAUACAUCAAAUAUUGAGAAAGUUGAUUUAGUUAGAGAUGAGAGGGGAAAAUUGAAUUUGAAGAAUGGUUAUUAAUCAUAAAACAGAAAAAAUGUUAGAGGCAGAGGAAGAGGGUAGAUAGAUAGAUAUCAAGAUGAGGAAUAAAUUAAAGACUAUAAUAAAAUAGAUAAAAGUGAAAGGGUUGAUUAUAAAUAAAGAUAGCAAUAAUAAAAUAAUUCAUAUGAAUAAAAAAAUGUCUAAAAAUUUGGAAAACAAUUGGAAGGGAAUGAGAAUAGAUAAAUAAAAUAGAAAUAGGAUCGAAAUUUGGAUUAAUAGGAAAAUUAGAUUGAUUAAUUUGUAAAUAGAGAGAGAAAUAAUGUUAAUUCUGAGAGAUGGUAAAGACAUGAAAAUAUAGAUAAUGAAGAUGAUUAUAAAUAAUUUCGUUAAAAUACUAAUGUAAGAGGAAGAGGAGGUAGAGAAAAUACAUUUACAAGAAGAGAUUAAAUAUAAGAUAAAGAGAAAGAGUAAUAUAGAGGAAAUUAGAGCGAAUAGUAAAUAGAAACUGUUAGUAUAAUAAAGAAAGUAAAAAAGAAUGAAAUUUAAGUAAAGAAAAGGUAUUAAGUCUUAAAUUUAGAAUAAAAGAAAAAUAUAGAUAAUCUUAUUUAAAUAGCAGGAUAUAAUUAUUAAUUUUUAGGUAUUUUAAAAUCAAAUUCAAUUGAUUUUUAUUAAAUUCUAUUUAAAAGAAGUGGAAUUGAAAUAAUAGAUGAAGAAAAGAAAGUAACAAUUAGUCAUUUAGAUAAAUAAUUUAUUUCUGCAUUUAUAUAAGAGCAUUAAAAUAAUGUAUAUACACUUGUGAUAUAAUUUUAAAAAGAAGAGGAAUCAUUAAAGAAUUUAUUAAUAUUUCAUAAUGUGUUUCAGCAGUAGUUUCCUUAGAUAAUAUCUGAUAUUUCAAUGAAAGAAAUAGUUUAUACAAAUUUUGAGGAUGGAUUACUAUAUACAUUUUGUAAAGAUGGUUUAAUAAGAAUAUUCUAAUAGAAUGUGAUAGGAUAAUUCAAGUAUAUUUAACAUUACAAUGUUGAAUAAUGUAUGGAGAGUGUAAUAAAAGUUGGAAGUAAUUAUUUAAUUGGAAUGAAAAGUGGUUAACUAUAUUUAUUUAAUGGAAUCAUUAUUACUGAGAUACCAUUUAAAUUUACUUAGAAAUGUACAUAAAUGAUUAUAGACUUCAAUAGAGUAAUUUUGAAGAUGGAUGAUGAUGAUUAAACAUCAAUAUAUAUAUUGAAUUAGAAAUUAGAGAUAAUUGGACCUAUUUAUAAUGGAGAAAAAGUUAUUUGUUUAGAAUUAAUAAAAAGUUAUGAAAAUGAUAAAUUGUUUAUUCUUGGACUUAGUGAUUCUGUUGAGAUCUAUACAGAAAUUGAUAAUAAAUUAUAUUCAAUAAAUGUGAUUUUGAAUUUGAAAUUGAUGUAAAUGAAGAAGAUUGAAAUUACUAAUGAAAAUAUGGUUACUUAGAAAUUUAUUGUAGGAGAAUAUAAUGGAGAAUUGAAAAUAUUCAGUGUAGUACCUGAAUAAUGA